AUGGAGUCUUUGUCCUGUUCCCUUUGUGGGACUGUUAGGUCAUCUUUCAAUAAUUAUUUGCAACACUUGCGUCGUAAUCACGGAGAUAUCGGAGCCCAAACAGCAUCGGCCCUAGUGAAAGAGAGAAAGGAAGCAAGAAUGGCAUUGAAGCAGCACCAGUGCGAUUUGUGUAACUUCAGGGGCUCGUCAAAAGAUGCCGUGAGAAUGCAUAAAUUUAGGAACCAUCGGCAGGCUCCACUUCAAAAUCCAAACGCAGAUGCAACCAGUCAGAAGCAGGGUUUGGCAUGCCCCCGAUGCUUUGCAAGUAUUCCCGAUUCAAGAAGCCUCAUCGAACAUGCUCGUAGGGAGCAUAAGUUUCAAGGCAAUAUUGUGACCCAAGUAUUCGAUAACCAUGCAGACUUUAAGAUUUGGAAAGAGAUGAACGAGCGCCGCACUUUCACAUCAUGGUCAUGUUACGCUUCCCUCUCAAGAAAUGGCUAUAAGAUCAAAUAUUACAAGUGCAACCGAUCGCGCAGGAGAAAGGCCGCGAAAGCCACAAAGAGAAGAUGCCACUCUAAAGCAAUUCAGACGGCAUGCACAGCAUUUUUGAAAACAGUUGAGAAUGAAGCUGUUGGGACAAUCGAAGUUGAGUAUUGUGACAAGCACCUUGGACAUACUAUUAGUGGUGCUCUACUACCCUUUGUCUAA